CUGAGCCAUUUGACUAACGUAACGAAUAUGGCGGGUAGUUUCGACAAGAAAGUUGACGUGGUUGAAGAAGGUGCCCAUCAUGUGAAUUUUAUAAAAGCUGGCAAUGUCAGUACAUCAGGUGCCCUUGGACAUCAUCAUCAUGAUCAUAGUCAUGAACACGGCCACACCCAUGAGAAAAUGGAUAAUCCAGGCUUAUAUACAGACAGAAUGAAACCAGAGCUCAGAUCAAACUGGAAACAGAGGGCGUUCACAGUCGGCAUUGGUGGACCAGUUGGUUCUGGAAAAACUGCCUUAGUACUGGCUCUAUGUCAGCUCCUUAGAGAAUCCCACGGUCUCUGUGUCGUAACAAAUGAUAUUUUUACUAAGGAAGACUGGGAGUUUUUAGUGAAGAAUAAAGCAUUACCUGAGGAUAGAAUGAGGGCUGUUGAAACUGGUGGAUGUCCCCAUGCAGCAAUAAGAGAGGUGAUGGAGCGAGACGCUGAGUUGAUGAGACAGAACGGUCCCACUGUAUUCAUUCAGGCUAAACACAUGAAGGGAGUCGACAUCGUCAUAUCACAUAUAUUAAAAUCAUUACAAGAAUCCAGGAAGUGA